AACCACAGUUUUCUCCUUUCACCUUUUCAGCUCAAAUACACUGAAUCAAUCAAAUUGCCAGCCAGUUCCACAAUCCAACGGCGAAGUUCCUGAUUCAGAAAUCAGAAAACCGCCAAAAUAUGUUGCAACCCCACUUGCAAUAGGUUCACCCUCUAUAAAAGCAUGAUGGACCAUGGACAUUGCUCUAUUGGUUCAUGCUUUAGUCAAACAUUGACUAACAAGAAAAGAGUUAGUUUAUAGCUAUAGCUAUGUCUGUGGCUCCAAGCAGUGCCUUGUACCUUUCACAUAUCAGUGAAAAUGGAAACUCUGAGGAUGGGAGUUUCCACAAGUUUUUUGAGCUAUGGCUGGCUGAGCAGAACCAGCACCUGAAAGAUCUUUCAGAAGCUGCUGAUGAAUCAAGUGGGGUUGUCACAAGUGAGAGGGUUCAGGUACUGGUUGAGAGGGUGGAGGAGCAUUAUGAGCUCUACUACAAGGCAAAAUCAAGGUGGGCAAAGCAAGAUGUCUUAGCCAUGCUGACCCCAUCAUGGAGGAGCACCUUGGAGGAGUCUUUUCUCUGGAUUGGAGGGUGGAGACCCAGCAUGGCAUUUCACUUGUUGUAUUCAAAAUCAAGCUUGCAAUUUGAGGCAAGGUUGAAUGAUCUGAUGCAGGGGAUGAAAACAUGUGACCUUGGAGAUCUUUGUGCUGUUCAGCUUUCUGAGCUUGAUGACAUGCAGAGGAGGACUAUUAGGGAGGAGAGGGAGCUCACUGAUGUGAUGGCAGAGCACCAGGAGACUGUGGCUGAUGCUCCAAUGGUAGAGCUAUCUCAUGUGCUCACUGAGAUUGUUGGAGGAGGGAAUGAAGGUGGUUGUGAUAACAAGGAAUUGGAAGAGAGGGUUGAGUCUGCUCUGGAGCCAAAGGUGGAGAAGCUGGAAGAGAUUCUUCAGAAAGCUGAUAAUCUGAGGUUGAAGACACUGCAGGGGAUUGUUGGCAUUCUGACUCCACAGCAGGCUAUUCAUUUCUUGAUUGCUGCUGCUGAGCUGCAUCUGAGGUUGCAUGAGUGGGGGAAGAAGAUGGAUGCAAAGAAAGGGAAUCAUCAAGGCCUUGAUUCAACUAUUUGAAGAUUACAGCAGCACUUGGAAUCAAUCAAAGAGAAUUGGGUGGAGGGUAUCUUGGGCUAGCUUGGAGUUUAUGUUGCUAUUUUUACACAGAACAAGCUGAAGGAAACAUGAAGAAUAAAAGCAGCCCUUAUAUAUCUUCUAGGAAGCUAGGAAUAACAUCAAAUCAAAUUAAUAGCAUGUUUGGAUCAUAAUAUUUUUCACCAUAUGAGUUUUUCCUUAGAAUUAAUUUUGGCAUUAGAAUUAAUUGUGAAAAGAUUUCCAAAUAUGUAUUAGCUUAAAUUAAAGAGGCUUAAAUUUAAAGCCUGAACUAUAUCAUGAAAUAAACCAGUGAUCCUAACUUUGAUUCAA